CUACUUUUACUUUUAAUUUAUUGAAGAAAGAUGCCUACGGCUGUUGAAAUUUGUUUUCUCUAUUUUGUUGGAGGAGUGUGAUGUAAUAUGGAAUUUAAUAAUGGUUAACAUUUUCCAUUGCUACGAAUUUUUGCUAUUAAGGAAACUAGAUAACGAUCUUGAUUUCUGGAAUAAAAUCAAAGGAAGUGUACUGAAGGAAAAUGAUUAUUCCUUUAAGACUGUUCCUCCUGAGCUGUGGUUUGUAGCUGUCACUAUAUCUGAGACCAGAGAUCGGUUUCCUUCCUUCCUAAGAAAAACUGUUCUGAAGAACCCUUAUUACCUACCUAGUCGAGCAGACUGCAUUCUUAGCAGAUACUUGCACUAUCAUGACUUUGUUGAAAUGCACCUGGAUAGCAUAUUCAAGUAUGGGGAAAACUGUAUCUUGCCCAAAGAGCUCUUUAGGUGUCCUAACCUGAGGGUUUUAUCUCUGAAGUGUAACUUCUUGGAGCAGCUGCCCCCUGAUAUUGGAAAACUGCAAAAGCUUGAAUAUUUGGCUCUGACAAACAACAAACUUCAAAAUUCAGCUUUACCAUACAGUUUAUCAUUUUGCUCAUCACUAAGGAUAUUAAUGCUUGACAAUAAUUGGCUCGAUGCUUUACCUGGAUUUCUGUUAGUUAUGCCUAAUUUAAGCAAAGUUCAUCGUCAUGGCAACCACAAUUACUUCAAAGCAACAUUUAUGUGGUAUCAUACAGAUGUCAAUGAAAGAAUUCUUCCAAUUCCUGGUUGCUCACCAUGCACGAGAGAAUUACAGACACUGAAGAUGUUGUCAGCAACAGCAAUUAUUGCCAACAAGAUAAACUUUUUUGCUGGUUCCAUGGUUCCUCCUGUACUUGUUGAUUAUUUAUGUGGCAUUUACUUUAAUUUUAACUUGUGUUAUAAGUGCUGUUCUGCAAAUCUCAAGUCAAAAUCAGGCUAUAAAGUCUAUACUUUCAAGAAUCCUUACUUGGGAAAUCACUGCGUGCCUUUUCAGCAUUGGGCAUGCAGCAUCAAAUGUGCUGAAGAUAUAGAAGUUCCUGCCAGAGAAGAACAGAUACUUGCUUCCAUGGAACAGGACAGAAAAUAUCUCCAGCACGUGCAGGAGGCACUCGACUCGACGAUGUACCAAGAUAAAAGUGGCAUUAUAAAUCUCAAUUGUUGUAUACUGUGAUCUCAUGUAUGUGUUGUGCAUAAACGUGAAAUUAUUUAAGAACUGUUAUGAUGUACCAAAGGAUAUUGUUGUCGAAAUUUUAAAUUUGUAAAUUAGAAUUUUAUAUGUGCUGGAAUAUCACAUGAAAUAAAAAUUUAGCUAUAUCUUUAAAA